AUGUCGCAAGCUCAUUCACGACGUGAUUCGCAGAAUUUGCCACCUCUCAGAGACGUGAUUGCAUCUUUAUCCCUCGGCAACAGCUCCCCGUGCUGCUCUCCCACCACAAAGAACGAGUUCUUCGAGGUUGUGAACAUCAUUCGAAGGGGCUCGCCGUGCUCUCCACCGCAACCGGCAGUUGACGGUCGUUGGCUGGCCACCUUGAGUCGUCACGAUAGCGAUUCAUCAACGUCCAACAUCUCGGACAUUCAUUGCGCCGUCAUGGACGCCGCCAGACACUCCCACACGUAUUUGACCACGGCUUACGAAACGAUGCAGGCUCACCAACGCUCAAGCACGUCGCAGGUCGAGACCGUCGCCCACGCCUCGGCUAUACAUGGCAUCGGCGACGUCGGGGCUUAUCACGACCUCAACAGCAGCCUCGGGCACUUUCAACUAUCCUCUGAUCAGCCCUUGCAACUCCUUCCCGGUCUUUGUCCCUCCCUCGCCGGCCACCAACAGGUGGAGUACAAGGGUGUUGGCAAGCUCGGUAGUGACACAGUCUACCUCUACACGGGAGGCUACUAUCUUCCCACCCAUAUCGAUGGUGAGCCUGUCAAUGCGCACUGGGGCCUCACAAAGGCCAACACCCCACGUAAACGCCUUGCAGCGGCUUGUGACCGCUGUCGCCAGAAGAAGACCCGAUGUGACCCCACCCCGGAUGGGUGCGCGCAAUGCCAGAAGGCGGGUAAGACGUGCCAGAUUUGA